GCUCUGGACGACGACUGGAAGAAGGAGGAGGGCGGCCCGGGCCCCAGGCCCCUCCCAGGCUCUGAGUCUCCCGGCUGCAGGCGGAUGGAUGGGGCUUCUUCAGGCGGCGGUGGCAGCAGCGAAGGUGGCGGCGGCAGCAGCGGCAGCGGCUAUGGUGUGGUGGCUCGAUUCUCCCAGUGCCUGGCUGAGUUUCGGACGUGGUUAAGAACCAACUGGUUGAGGUUCAAUGCAGACAAGACGGAUGUGAUGCUGCCAUCUGUUGAGUCUUCAAGUCCAGGAGGUUCAGCAACAUCAGAUGACCAUGAAUUUGAUCCAUCAGCUGACAUGCUGGUUCAUGAUUUUGAUGAUGAACGAACAUUAGAAGAGGAAGAAAUGAUGGAAGGAGAAACAAACUUCAGUUCUGAAAUAGAGGAUCUUGCAAGGGAAGGCGACAUGCCAAUUCAUGAACUUCUCAGUCUUUAUGGUUAUGAUAGUACUGUUCGACUACCUGAAGAAGAUGAGGAGGAAGAAGAGGAAGAAGAGGAGGGUGAAGAUGAUGAAGAUGCCGAUAAUGAUGACAACAGUGGCUGUAGUGGGGAAAAUAAAGAAGAGAAUAUAAAGGAUUCAUCAGGUCAGGAAGAUGAAACUCAGUCUUCCAAUGAUGAUCCAUCACAGUCUGUUGUUUCUCAAGAUACCCAGGAAAUAAUCCGCCCACGUCGAUGUAAAUAUUUUGAUACAAAUAGUGAAAUAGAAGAAGAAUCUGAAGAAGAUGAGGACUAUAUUCCAUCAGAAGACUGGAAAAAAGAGAUUAUGGUGGGCUCCAUGUUUCAAGCAGAAAUUCCAGUUGGCAUUUGUAGAUACAAAGAAAAUGAAAAAGUAUAUGAAAAUGAUGAUCAGCUCCUGUGGGACCCUGAGUACUUACCAGAAGAUAAAGUGAUUGUAUUUCUUAAGGAUGCAUCUAGAAGAACAGGUGAUGAGAAAGGUGUAGAAGCAAUUCCUGAAGGAUCUCACAUAAAAGACAAUGAACAGGCAUUAUAUGAAUUGGUUAAAUGUAAUUUUGAUACAGAAGAAGCAUUGAGAAGAUUAAGAUUUAAUGUAAAAGCAGCUAGAGAGGAAUUAUCUGUUUGGACAGAGGAAGAAUGUAGAAAUUUUGAACAAGGGCUGAAGGCCUAUGGAAAAGAUUUUCAUUUGAUUCAGGCUAAUAAAGUACGAACAAGAUCAGUUGGUGAAUGUGUAGCAUUCUAUUAUAUGUGGAAAAAAUCGGAACGUUAUGAUUUUGCCCAGCAAACACGAUUUGGAAAAAAGAAAUAUAAUCUUCAUCCUGGUGUAACGGACUACAUGGAUCGGCUUUUGGAUGAAAGUGAAAGUGCUGCAUCAAGUCGAGCACCAUCCCCUCCCCCAACUGCCUCAAACAGCAGCAAUAGCCAGUCUGAGAAAGAAGAUGGCACUAUAAGCAAUAGUAACCAAAAUGGGGUGUCAUCUAAUGGACCAGGUGAAAUAUUAAACAAAGAAGAAGUAAAAGUUGAAGGAUUACACGUCAAUGGACCAACAGGUGGAAAUAAGAAACCACUUCACGCAGACAUGGAUACUAAUGGUUAUGAAACAGAUAACUUAACCACUGACCCAAAACUUGCCCAUAUGACUGCAAGAAAUGAAAAUGAUUUGGAUGAAAAAAGUGAGAGACCUGCCAAAAGGCGAAGGGUAAAUAGCAAUGGAAAAGAAAGUCCUGGUUCUUCUGAAUUUUUCCAAGAAGCAAUAUCACAUGGAAAAUUUGAAGAACUUGAAAACACAGAUGACUAAAUUUUAGACCUAUUUUACUUUAUUUGGAGAAAAUUCUGGUGUGUCUAAAAUUUUCAGGGUUGAUGGGUUACCUUAAAAAUUUUUUAUUUCCUACAGCAAUUGGUUAAAAUUUGAAAAUUCUAAUUGAAUCAUAACUUUUUAGGAAAUAAGAUUUUACAAUUCUGCCUUUUUCAAGUUCUUUUACUGCACAACUGUCAGACCCUUUUAAGGAUAUAGAAAAUAAUUUUAGCAAAUUUGAAUGAAGUAAAGAUAUCAGUACCUUCUCAUUUGAUAUAUUAAUCAUAAAAGUUCACUACAAGAUAAUUUUUCUUUAGUUUCAUAUGGAGUAAUAUCCCCAAAAAACAAGUUCAAAGUUCUGCUUAACACCUGUUUUUCUGAGUUUCUUGAAAUGUCCUUAUAAAAGGCAUUUUCUCUCCAUAUAAAUUGAGUAUCAUUAUUAAGGGAACCCUUAUGAAUCCUGAAAGUUAUGCUAGCAUGAUUUUUUAUAUAUAGAAGUUUAAAAAUAAACCAAGUCAGGUUUGUAUAUGUAAAAUUGUUGACAUCAAUGAUGUCUUUCCAUAUUCUUAUCUGGGCUUAAGAAAUACAUUCUGUAUUUUUCCAGAUUCUUUGUAGCCUUUGAAAGAUUUUUACAGUACAUAUGUCUUGACUGAGCUGUCCUUUCUUAAUACAAAAAAGCUUGUAUAAUUUUCUUAACUUGUACAGUUGAUAAACUUUUAUGAGAGGAAUUGAUAUCCUGAGUCUGUCAGCUUUCAUUUUAUUUUGCUAAGGUUUUUCUAAUGAAUUUUUAAGUGUUUGUGUAUAACUAAGUCCUGUUUCUUAUCCAGGUGGUAAAAGCCUUCAUAAAGAAUAGUGAAAAUAAAUUUCUACUUAUGGACAAGUAAUUUGAGAAUUCUGAAAUUAAGCAUGAUGCUUAGAUUGCACAGUUUGUUUUGCAUUUGCUAUAAUUUUCAAAAUUAUUUUUUAAGCAAAACAAAGGUUUAAUGUCAGCUUAAAUGUGUCAUGCUGACUAGACUCCUGUUUAGUUAUUUUUAUAUGCAUUACAAAUUCCCAUUUUUGCAUUAAAUCAAUAGAGGGGAAAAGGUUAAGCGAUAUUAAGAUAUUGGCACACAAGGAGUAACUUGAUAGGCAACUGUUUUGAUUUUAUGAGGAAGUGAUGGAGUUUGAAGAGUUUUCAGACUUUUGCAAUAUAAGCCAGUUUUCCAGAUUUGAUAAUGUUUUUCCAGAAUGAAAAUAAGAUAUAUAUAUAAAACCAUUGCUCUGAGUGAUGACAAACAGGAUUAUCCAUCUGCAUAGUCUUGUAAGGGUGCCAUUUUAUUUUUAGUGCAAAAUUCUUGUUAAGAAAUGUAGUUUUAUACAGCUGAUAGACCAACCUAUAUCCAGACUUUUAUAAAAGAUUAUUAACUAUUCUUUUCUCACAGACAUAUCCCCAAAUGCUUCUUCCAGUUCAUUUUUAGCCAUCAGUUCAAGAAGCCAAUGCCUUUUUAAAAUAAAUCUUCAGUAGUCUUCUUUUUAAUGGCUCAAUUGUCUAAUGCAACUGAGUAGAGGUUUGCACUGAGUAAUUGUCAUUUAGGCCUUACCCCCACAAGGUAUUAUUAACAUUUGUUCAGACUGCUUCCUUUCACCAAUGUGAACAACUUUGUUCCCCAAACAGUGUUAAAAGCCACUUUACAACACUUGAUGUCAUAUAAUGUACAUUCACUGUUGUUACAUAAAUAUACAAGUAAAUCAAAGCUUUGGGUAGAAGUGUCAAGAAGCAAGGAAUUUUUUGUUUUUGUUUGUUUUACUUAAAACCUUAAUUUAUCCAGAAUGGCAGUAGCUUUAGCAGAUGGUCAUGGUCCUUUUUUAAACCAGAUUUUAUGAAAUGAAUCCAAAGCAUCCUAGCUCUUUGUCAAAGAUGGUCUAUAGAAAUGUUUUAAAAGAAUAGCAAUGCUGUGCUGUUUAAAUGGUUGCAAUAUUAGAAUUGCCAUUUUCACCUUUUUUAAAAGAUGCAUUUUGUUUGCUGGUUUGUGAAGUUCUUACAAACUUAUUACAGGAAUGUUUUAAGUAAAUUCUCAGGCAUGAUUAUAAAUGUGGCACAUGUAUAAAUGUUAGGAAAAUUUUACUUUUCUUGUCUUUUUAAAGUAUGCAUAAUGAACAUUCCACUAUUAUAAUA